GAUUACCAUGUUGUAUAGAUUAAACUAUUUUUAUAAAUCCUUAGCCAAGAAUUAAUCUUUCUCAACAAUUAACUACAAGAAGUCAAUCAAGAGCAACGGAUUUUCAGAAUAAUUAAGUGCUCUUAAUGACCAGUGUGAUAUUGCGAAAUGGUGAAAUUAAUGAUCGUGUCAUAGGGACAGGGUGAUGCAUAACUGUCAGUUCCUAUGAGGGAGCAGGUUUCUCGAAGAUUGAACACGUGGAGGAGUAAAGUAGAUCGACCCAGUUUUGGUCAACUUUGAGCCUUUGUUCGUAUGGGAGGGGUAAGGCAAUGAUGGUUUUGUGAGAAGGGGUCCCCUUUACGACCACGUCCAUAUAAGCAACGUCUGCUGCCACAGAUGGGACAGUCUUGCACCUUACACCCCUUCGCUCAUUCGCACGUCGUUUCAUUUUUGGGCGAUCAAGGAUGAAGUUCGGAGUUCUCUUCACAGUGGCAGCCGCCCUGUUGCAGGGUGGCUAUAGUAGUUUUGUAUCCAUUAGGAUGCCUUACUUAAAUCCAGCAGGAGUAACUUACAUAAAUAAUAUCGGACAAGAGGCACAGCUUGCAUAUAGUGUUCCCGCUAAAGUUGAAGCAGAACACAUUGGAUAUGCCGCUGCCCAAGUGCCAGCAGUGGCUGCUGUACCAUACGUCAAACACGUGCCAACUGUCUCUCAUGUGCCAGUCACGAAAAUUGAGGCACAACCUGCUCUCCUGGAAAAACAAUUAGACGUCGUUAAACCGGCUGUUUCUACUCGAAAAUUCGAAGUACGCCGCCCAGCAAUCCAGAAGCAAUUCUUCGACAUUGAAGAACGCGUAGUUGUUCGUCCAGCUGGUUCAGCAGUAGUCGAGCUUGAUCAACCGACCUCCAAGACUCAGAAAGGACCAGCUGUCGUUCAACCUCUGUUCCAACACUUCUCAGGUCUCGAAGCAUCUCCAUCUCUUCCUUCUCUCCCAUCUCUCCCAUCUCUCCCAUCUCUCCCAUCUCUGCCAUCUCUCCCAUCUCUGCCAUCGCUGCCAUCUCUACCAUCUUUGUCAUCUCCUGUAGAAUCUUCUACUCCAUCCUCCUCCAGCGAUGACGAAACUGUUGUGGUUGAAAAUCCUGACUUCCGCAGACUCGGACCUCAAAGCCAGGCCGGUGCACCUGCAGCUCAAGCAAGAACUAACUUGAACGGUGGUGCACAAUCGAACGAACCAUUCGUUGCACAUGAUCCUUCACCAAGCGUUGUGGUUAGCCCCAAAUCUUCCCCUGAAGAGGACAAAGAGAACCAGAAUAGACUGAUUGACUUGCUCACUGCCCGUGGUAACGUUGCUGAGGUCGGCUUUGGUCGCUAUCCCUCCCUCUCCCAAUCCGCAGCCGGAGACGCUGGCCAGGUUCGCGGACGUGUAAUCUCUGCUACCCCAGCUCCAGAAUACGCAGAACCUGCUGACGAACGCGUCUCUACGCGACGUGUUGUUGUCAGCAGACCGAUUGAAACUCUCCAAGAAGUGAAUGUCGUGGAACCAGCGACUAAAAUCGAGAGAGUGUCCGUCCAACAACCAACCUACAUAAAAACAGCGCGCCUCGAUCAUGUUCAGGUUCACAGCUCUGUACCGGUGGUCGGAAAAGCUUUUGCACCAACGAUUGCCCAUGCUGCUGUUCCAGUUUAUCAGAAGACCAUCUCGCCAGCUUAUGAAUAUUACCACUGAAUCGUUUGAUGACUUGUGAUCUUAGUUCCCUAACGUUCUAAAACAGGAUUCAAUGUUAAAAAUAGUGUACGAGUGAUAUUGAAUAUUUUAAUACUACAUAAUAUAUUGGAUUUUUGCAUGCAAAUGAUUAGGCAAUUAUAUUGAAAGAGUUGAACUUGAUUUUAACUGGUAUUCAAUUUACAUUAAAUUGCUAUUAUUUGUAAUAUAAUCAAAUAAUUAUAUGUGGGUGGUAAUAACUAAAAUUGUAUGUAGAAUCAUAUUGAUUUUUUAAAUCAAAAUCAGACUUGUGUUUUAUCUUAAGUAGAUAACUGCAAGUGAAGUUGUAUUGGAUUUUUAAAAUGAAAUAAUUUUUUCUAUCGCUUGUGAAAUUAUGUAAGUUGUAUCCUGUGAACAGAUGGAAACUUGUGUACCUUGUAUUUCUGUUUUAUACGUGUUUUAAAAGAUGUUUAUAUAAAAGACGGAAGUGA